AUGGUUUCGAAGCGAGCAGCAAACAAGCGAAAACGGACCUCGAACACUCUCGCCCGAAACAAGCGACGUCGAAUAACACAGCUCGCCUACACCAGCGCAUCUGAACCCCAUCGAGAUCAUGGGCCUGCUAGCGAAAUAUUUUGGGCGGCGAGAAGGAUCUUGAAGGACAAUGGAUCGUGCUAUCUGGUCGAAUGGGAGGGCAUCGACCCAGGGACAGGACGUCUGUACGAGCCGACGUGGGAACCGCACGAUUUUGUCACUCCAGCCCUAGAAGCAGAGUGGAAGGAGAUCAUUCCUGCUCGAAGCACCGAUACAGGACAUACCCACAGUCAAGCCCAAUCGUUUGAAGAAGCCGAUAAUCGAAUGCAGUCCUUGAGCGGAUCGCCGGAACUAGUGACGUCUAGGCAACCUCCGACGAAGAGGCGCAGUUUCAGUUCGCUCUUCCUAGAGCCACAGCAAAGUGCGUGUGCGUUAGAAGGUGGAAACUCGUAUACGUGCGGUGUUAUACUUGCUAGGCAGAACAACGUCAAUCUGACAAUCAGUACUACGACUACGCUGGAAGAAACAUCGGGCUCGAACCAGCGGAACCCAGCUACCGCGAACGUUUCUGGCCAUACGAAUGAGGAUUUGAGCGCUACGGAUCCGGCCGCGCUGGGUUUGCGACACAGUCUACAUGCUCAGUCUUCGGCUUGCAUCGAGAAGGUCGGUAGUGUUGGCAUUAUGCAACUAUCGUCGCACCCUGAUCCCGUAGGGAAGCUCCAGGAUGCAGGAUGCAAGGAAAGUGAGCUCCCAGAGAACCCAAGUCAGGAGGGGCUAGAGCCAUUGGAGCUGGCUAGGCGGGAGUCACAAAGAGCCCAUGCUUGUACGCUUGAGGAGAAAGGUUUACCUACGUCUGCAUUGCUCACAACCAGGAAGCCCUUGGAGACACAAGAACAGCAAGAAAUGCAGGGCGAGCUGGAGAUCCUGGGGGCCAUGCCGUCCGCACCCGCCAAUGAAGUUGUUCACAAAGAGCCGGAGCUUCAAGCAGAAGCCGACGUGGUGUCUUAUACAAAGACGUGGAGGGAACCCGUUCUCGAAAAAGCCGCACUUGUUCUACUUCAAGGCGGGACGGUCGAGGAGCAAAGCAAGGCACUGGUGAGUUCAGAACGAUCACCAGGACGACUUUCCAAAGAUUGCUGGACUCAUGAGAAGGCUGUGAUACAACAUGCACCGGCCGAGCCCGACGUAAGCGAUGAGCUCACAAGGCUUUUAGCACGGUCCGAGCGGUCAAUAUCAUCAUCUUCAGAACAGAGCGAGUCCAACCUGCAGAACCUUAAAUCGCGCGCAGAUACUCUACCUGUUUUAGCAAUAGACCGUACACCGAUUGCACCCUCGGCGUUAUCCUCACAGCUAGGGUUGAGGCUAGAUACUAAGAUCACAGCCGAGCAGGCGUUUGCCAAGCAGGGUGUCAAUGCUCCGGCUAGGGGUAGAGAUGCCAAAACGUGCCCUUUGCCUGCAGCGGCUCUAGCAGUGUGUGCACGCCAUACUUCGGAGCAAAACAGCCUCCCGGAGACUGAAACUGGAGGUCUUCCGGCCCCGCCGGCUUUGAAUCGGAGUGUCAGAGAUCUUGAGGUUGUACCUGAUCGGGAAGUGCAAGUUCGUAUUGCAAACAGCAUGCACACUAUUGAUGGAGAGCAGACUGCUCCUAUUACCCGUGAUUCGUUCACCUUAAAGCCACCAAAUUGUGGGGAAGCGGAUCAGGACUCUGCGUCCAGGCGAUUCGGGGACCGCGAUCAACCCUUGAAAGAGCAGAUCAGUUUUCAGAUGAACUAG